CAAAGUUUUGCUGACAAGAAGGAUUUUCAACAGAAAUCACCCCGUAGCAAGCCUCACAGAGCCGUGGUCAUGCCCAAAACUUGAGACAAGAUACUUCUAGGUUUCAGCAUUUUCCUGACCCUAUUUUCGUCCUGCCAGAUGCCAGAUUCGUCGAGAUCUCGGCCGUUUCUCCGUCGCGGUACCCCUUGUUACUAUGACAGAGAUCGCGUCACCCAGCCCAACACACGCAAUUCCGCCUGCAGCUUCUGGCGACAAUAGUCAACACCCCGAGCAACCGCCAUCCAACACGACCCCUGAUCCCGCCGAAUCCGUCAAACGAGAGCUCGACAAUCCACACAACGGAUUCGGCAAGCACGGGCAAGAUUCUGAAAACCUUGCAGAACGGCACGCCGAAGCCGAACUUCAGGAAAGAAGCGGCACUCGUGACGCGCGUGAGGCGACCAGCACAGACGAUGGCCCCCCGGCCAAAAGGCGCCGGAUACGCGGCGCAACGCCGAAUAACACGGUGCGCAAACCGAAACCCGAAUCGCCGCCGUGGAAGAAAAUAGAACCCGAUGGACCAUCGACAUUUGUGACGGACGAUGGGCGACGGAAGUCGGGGAGAAUCAAUGCCGUUCCCCUGGAGCUGCAGCCCAGUGACAAACGUAUAACGAGACAGGUCUUGCAAAACCAGCACUCUAGCCCGACGAAGAACCGUAAUGUUGCGACGAAUGGUUACGGUAGCAACCGUGUUUCGACGCCUAACAGCGCGACCGUCGCCAAACGUGCCGUUUCUUCGGGCAAACAACCACCGCCCAAGUCGCCAGCUAACAGGACGCCUCAACGCAAACCUGCAGCCCAGGAUUCGAAAUCGAGUGCGCGCAGCCGCCGGCGCUCUCCCUCCCCCAAACGCCCUGCAACCCCUGCGAAGCAGUCUCUCGGAACGCGUCGUUCUACGCGUAACCUCCGCCGAGUCGACCAUGAUGGCGAGGAUACGGCUCCUAGCGGGACUCGCACGACGCCCCGCAUCAAGUUGCGAGUCAGACCACCGUUGACGACGAUCCCGCUUGUCCACCGGGAUCAGGCAAAUCUCCGUCCCAAGCUCGGCCCCAGUUUCGAGGAGUUUUUCGAGCGCGCUGCGGAGAUACCAGUCGAGGAGGGUGGGCUCUUCGUGGCAGCUGAGGAUGGUCCGCGGUACACGGAGGAGUCGUUGAGGGAAGACGCUCGACUCAUCCUCCGAGUUGAGAAGGAGGUAGAACCCGGUGGUAUCCUUUCCGGGGAGAGGUGCUCAGUGUUCGAGCCCGAACCUGAGGAAGAACCGCCAAGGCAGUGGGCGCACGCGGACCAUCUCACAAAGGCGAUGUCCAAUUUUCGAAAGCUGAUGCUUCUUGAACAGCAGCGACACAGAGCCACAGCAAAGCGACUUGCCAUUGCUUGCCAAGCCGAGUGGAUACGACGAAAUCCACAACCAAAGACAGCGGAGGAGAUCGAACUGGAAGAGUUGGAGCAGAACAAGUUGAAAUGGCGACAAGUCAAUAAGGUCAUAUCGGGAACUUGGGAGAAUGUCAAAGCCGAGGUCAACCGCCGGCGGUUGGCAGACUGGGAGGCUGAAGAACAGCGCAGGGUCAAAGCCGCGUUGAAUCAGGCCGUAAACCUCUCGGAGCAAAAGUUGCAAGCCAGGCAAGCCCGCUUUGACACGGAGGAACUCUCGGACGACAGCCUCACUGACGACAUGGUUUCCGACGGCGACGACGAAACUGGCUCGGAUGACGAUUCCGACGGUUCUGGCGACGUAACGACGGAGGGCGAAGAUGACGAGGAUAACAUGUCCUCCUCAGACGACGAAGAGGACGGAGAAUCUGAGUUGUCUGAUGAGGGGCUCACGCAGGAGCAGUUACGGGAGAAAUACGCCAACCUGCCAGAUUUGGAUGAUCUGAUUGGAAACAACAGUGCUUCCAGGAGAGGGGUCCUUGCCGAUGAAGCUGCCGAUGGAGGACACAAUGACGAUGACACCAGUGACGAAUCAAUUGACAUGGAUGAUGAUCUUGGGUCCUCAGAGGACGAGUCCUCAGAGGAGGGCAACGACUCAGGCAGUGAUGACGACGAUGAAUCUGAGGACGAGCCUACUGGGCUUCUUGGACUGUUUUUUGGAAAGUCGGAGCUGAAGAAGCUACAGGCUGAGGCUGCUGCUUCUGAACAGACAGAAGACAAGGAGGACGUGCAGAUGCUAGACGCUGAAGCUACACCGGGGCCUGAGGCUGCAGAGAACGUCCAUGACGAGGCUGCCGUGAAGAAAGAGAACGAGCAGCCUACGCUUGAUACGGCAAUUGGAGGCGAAGCGGAACAGGGACCAACCAACGACGGACCUCCUUCCCAGCCGCUUCCAAAAAUCCUAGGCGACGAACAUUCGCGGGCUAUACCACAGGGUGUCCAGCCGCCUACAGACGAUGGCCAAACGACACAGCCGACAACGCUCGCGACGGUAUGUGAGACUCGAUCCCAUGAUGAACAGCGUUCCGCGGAGGAUCUUCCCAUGACCGAUCCUCCAGAGGAUUCGGGAAAAGCCGAGGAUCAUGCUAUCCCGACAAUACAACAACACAGUCCGGAGACCGAGCCGAUCACAAACGGGCAUAGUCCAUCCCGGAGCCAAUCCCCUCGAGCAUCGGACGUCACCAAGCCGACGGAUGUCGAGACGCCCACGUCAGUGUCUCUGUUGAACGUGCCCAAGACGGACAGCAGAUCGACGUCGCCGCAACCAACAGCGCCGAGGACGGAGAUACCAUUCCUCCUGCGCGGGAAACUUCGCGAGUAUCAGCACCUGGGACUUGAUUGGCUUGCUGCACUGUACGCCAACAAUACGAACGGGAUCCUAGCCGAUGAAAUGGGUUUAGGGAAAACCAUUCAGACCAUUGCACUUCUGGCACAUCUCGCCUGUCAUCAUGAAGUCUGGGGACCUCACCUCGUCAUUGUACCAACGAGUGUAAUGCUCAACUGGGAAAUGGAGUUCAAGAAAUGGUGUCCAGGGUUCAAGAUCCUCACGUACUACGGCAAUCAGGAAGAGCGCAAGAGGAAACGCCAAGGGUGGACCAACGACGAUGUGUGGAAUGUGUGCAUCACGUCUUACCAAAUGGUUCUUCAAGAUCAACAAGUAUUCCGACGGAGGCGGUGGCAUUACAUGAUCCUCGACGAAGCACACAACAUCAAGAACUUCAAGUCUCAGCGGUGGCAAACUCUUCUCGGCUUCAACACGCACUCCCGUCUUCUGCUGACCGGCACGCCACUGCAAAACAACUUGACAGAGCUGUGGUCGCUGUUGUACUUCUUAGCGCCGCCCGAGAACGGCGAAGGUGGCUUCGUUGACCUUAAGGAGUUCCACAACUGGUUUUCCAGGCCAGAAUCGCAGAUUCUCGAGAGCGGGCGGGAACAACUAGACGAUGAAGCACGCGCCAUCAUCUCCAAGCUCCACAAAGUUCUGCGGCCUUACCUUCUCCGCCGACUCAAGUCGGAUGUGGAGAAGCAGAUGCCGGCGAAGUAUGAGCACGUCGAGUUCUGCCGACUCUCCAAACGCCAGCGCGAGCUCUACGAUGGCUUCUUGUCUCGCGCGGACACACGAGAGACCCUGGCUUCUGGGAACUACAUGUCGAUCAUCAACUGCCUAAUGCAGCUCCGGAAGGUUUGCAAUCACCCUGAUCUCUUCGUCGAUCGGCCCAUCAUGACGUCGUUCCGCAUGCCGCGCUCGGUUGCGGCGGAGUAUGAAGUCCACGAGCAGGUCGUCAAGAAAAAGCUUCUGGCCGUCAAGGGGAUGGAGGUCGUGAGCCUCAAGUUCCUCAACAUGAUUCCCACGGAGUAUGAGGGAAUGUCGACCUCAGAUGCGGACCGAAUAUAUCAACUGAGCACUCACCGGAUACUUCACGAUCUCAGGGAGGCACAAAAGGUGCGGGCCAACAAUGCGUACCAUGCCUUAGACCCCGCGUCGGUCAAGUCCAACUUGGUGUACCUGGAGAGCGCCGCACGGUGGGGUCGGUUUGAGGAACUGCAACACUGUGUUUACCUUAACGCACUCCGCCGGCAGCAACGGCCCAUCUACGGCAAGCGACUUACUGAACUCUUGACGCUCGAUACGCACCGUCGACCACACAAGCAGCGGCCCAAGGUGCCCCAGAAGAUUAUGAGCUGGUUUGAAGAAGACUCUUUUCUUCUGCACAACGCCAUCCCGACGCUCCAACAGCGUGCUGACUCCAUGGAGACAAUUAUCAGCAAGUUUGCCUGUGUCACCCCCGCCGUCGUGACAGGGGACAUGACUAGGCUACUUUUGGGGGAGAAGGGAGUCCAGGCCUUCGAGGAGGCUGAUCUGCGUCUGUCAGCGCCCGUCAAAUAUGCACCCUACAUGCCCAAAGAGCGGCCUCCGGACCCGUGGCACGAAGCGCGCAUGCGGUUGUCAAUCCAGUUCCCCGACAAGCGGCUCCUGCAGUACGACUGUGGCAAACUCCAAGUACUAGACAAGCUCCUCCGCCGACUACAAGCCGGAGGGCACCGCGCCCUGAUCUUUACGCAGAUGACCAAAGUGCUCGACAUAUUGGAGCGGUUCCUCAACAUUCACGGGCACAAGUAUCUCCGGCUGGAUGGCGCGACCAAGGUAGAACAACGCCAGAUCCUCACGGAUCGUUUCAACCAUGACCCUCGCAUCCUCUGCUUCAUCCUCUCGACCCGGUCCGGCGGCCUCGGCAUCAAUCUCACAGGUGCGGACACGGUGAUCUUUUACGAUCAGGACUGGAACCCGGCCAUGGACAAGCAGUGCCAGGACCGGUGCCACCGCAUCGGGCAGACGCGUGACGUGCACAUCUACCGGCUCGUUAGCGAGCACACGAUUGAGGCCAACAUCCUCCGCAAGGCUAGCCAGAAGCAGAUGUUGGACGAUGUUGUGAUCCAGGAGGGCGAGUUCACCACCGAUUACUUCAACAAGCUCUCGGUGCGGGACGUUGUCAACACCAACGGCGAGGUGGUCGCUAAUGAGGACGACAUUGCUGCCAACGCUGCCAUGGAUAGGGUGCUUGGCGGCGUUGAGAGCGCCAACCCUCGCAGUGCGGCUCGCGUGUUGGAGCAGGCAGAGGACAAGGAGGAUGUCGCAGCCGCCCGCGUGGCGGAGAAAGAGAUCCGGCAGGACGAUGCCGAUUUUUUGGAGCAACAGCCUGUCUCGGGCAGAGCUUCUGGAAUCUCGAGCGUCGGGCAGGGCACGCCACGGGAGGGCACCACAGAGCCCGCGUCUGCUCUUGGCAAGUCUGGGCUGGGCUUGUUCGCAGGAUCGGCAGACGAAGCGGUUGUGGAAGAGGAGAUGGAGUACAAUGCAUUCGGAGAGCGGAUGGGGACGAUUGACGACUACAUGUUGCGGUUCAUGACCAAGGCGCUGGAGAGCACGCCACUGGAGCUGCCGAAGGAUAAGAAGAAGAGUAGAAAGAGGGGCAGGGAUACAAGAAAGCGAUAGGGACGCACUUGUUAGCGACCGAUGGGCAGGGUAACAUGGGUAUGGCAGGCGCUCGGGUAGACGUUUGUUUGUUUUUUGUAUUAUAGAAUUAGCAUCCGAGAAAAGGGGUG